GAAGAACUUGGUAGUCAAGCAAAAAAACUGCAACAGUGUAAAAAGGCCUUCCUCCGACUUGUCUCUCUCUAUAAAAAGGCCAGUUCCCUCUUAGCAAGGAAUAAUUGGUCUUUCCUGUUCCAAAGAAAAACCUUGAAUCAUCUUUUUCCUAUAAACCCUAUAAGCAAGUUCUCUCUUUUUUUUGAAGUUAAUUCUCUGUUGAGAUAUACGUUACCCAUUUCAAGAAGAAGUAUGUGUGGAGGUGCCGUCAUUUCUGAUUUCAUCUGGUCAUUGAGACGAGCUUCGUUUGCUGAGGCAGAACCGAGUCAAGUCGGCUACGAAGGCUGUGUCUCCAUCGAGAAGCGUGUCUGCUCAGGCUCAGUUGGUGGGGAAAAAAGAAAAGAGAAGAAGAAAGAAGGCAAGAAUAAGAGAGAGAGGAAGAAUAUGUACAGAGGGAUAAGGCAGAGGCCAUGGGGCAAAUGGGCGGCUGAGAUUCGUGACCCCAGGAAAGGUGUUCGUGUCUGGCUUGGCACUUUCAAAACCGCCGAGGAAGCUGCUCGAGCCUACGACUCUGCAGCCAUUCGAAUCCGUGGCGGCAAAGCCAAACUCAAUUUCCCUAACGACGAUUCUUCUUCGACCAGAAGAAACUGCAUCAUCAAGAAGAAUAAAGAGGUAUGUGGUGGUGAUCAUUUGAUGAAUGCUUGCGAUCAGUCUCCUCCUCCUACAGACGACACGGAAAACCAACAAGUCAAACAGUUGUCGGAGGAGCUGAUGGCGUACGAGGACUACAUGGGAUUCUAUCAGAUUCCUUAUCUCGACGGCCAAUCCUCGACGGAAGAUGUUCCUCAACUCAGCCUCAUUGGUAAUCUCUGGAGCUUCCAAGACAACGUCUAAGAAUUUAUUCUCCCGGUUUAUUAUUCCUUUCGAAUUUAUCCGGUUUGCUCAUCCAAUCUUUGUUAUCAUCAUUCCUUGUUGUUUUACCAUUAACAUUUCAAGUGUAAUAAAUGAACAGUUAAAUGUUACUUUGUUUCGAUCUUAAA